UAAUUUCGGGAAGUGAAUGAAAGUGAAUUUGUGGCGUGAGCGUGACCUAUUUUUAGAAAGUUUCCUCUCGUACGGUUGGCUAGACUGAUAUCGCGCGAUUUUACGUCACGAACGUCAUCAGCUGUCAGUGUUAUUUAUAUUUUCGUGUUUCUAAUCGCUUCGAUAUUUUGCCAAGGCUCAGUGCAAAUACGAGUUUAAACAGUGCAGCGUGUAGAUAACACUUCUCCCCUUUAUCUAAGGGGCUCUUUAAAGUGCCGUGACAGUUUCCAACAGCGGUUUGUACAAAAAUUGCCGCAGUGUGAAAAAACUCAUAAAUUAAUUAAGUUCGACGUAUUACUGUACUGUAAUGCUCUCGAAGUGAUUGUGGACUCGUUUCUGUGCUUCAAGUGAUCUUCCUUCGCCCAAGAUGUCUUUCAGUGGGCAGUGGCGCGUUAUAAGGCAUUAUCUGUCGACUACAAACUUGAGUUCUGAGGUGGAGAAGUUGGUCCAGAAGCUUCGCCCAGCGACGCCGGAGCAAUGGGACAAUCUAAUCCAGAAAUUCGAAAAAGCGGUGAUUGUCCGUUUCUUCCAAGAAGGCAAAGAUGUAGAGAACAAGCAACUGCCGUCAACAACAACAAAAGUUAAAGCGACAACCGUCAACAACGCAUCAGCACCAACUAACACCUCAGCACCAACAAACACUGCAGUCACAGACAAAGACAAGCUAGAGGAGAAGUUGAGUCAAGAAGGCUUGAACAUUGGAUCUGAUGUGAAGGAAAUUACCAUUGAAGGCUUGCUUCAGGGGCUGAAGCUGAAGAAAGACCUGCAUUUCGGUAAAAUCUCAGAGCCAAGCUGGAAGUCCAACAAGCCUAUUGUUAACAAGACCUCAAUCCACUCCCGAACAGCCUACGUGAUCUCAGCAAUAGUUUCAGCUGAAACGCCAGAAUGCCUUCUGAAGAGGAUGCAACACUUCAUUGACCACCUUCAGCAGUACCCCGAGGCUAGGGACUAUGCUAUCAAAGAGGGUGGGGUGAGAGCUCUGCUGAGGGUUCAACAUAAUCUGGUUGUUACCGAUGAGGUGACCAAGAAUGUUAAGGGGACUGUUAGUGAGGCCCUAGCUCUCAUGGGCUAUACAGGCCCAACCAAGGGUCCAGGACCGAACAUACUCUCAAUAGACGGCGGAGGCAUUCGGGGACUCAUCGCUAUAGAAGUGUUGAAACAUCUGGAGAGGCUAACGGGGAAGAAAGUUCAGGAUAUGUUUGAUUAUAUCAUCGGCGUCAGCACUGGUGCUAUCAUUGCUUCAGUUAUUGGUAGCGGAGUGGGAACCCUAGAAACGGCCAAUGAAAUGUACCUGACACUGUCCAAGAAAAUGUUUGGAAACACUUCACUCAUAGGAGGUACCUCAAGACUCGUUUGGUCUCAUUCUUACUAUGACACUGAUGCCUGGGAGAAAAUGCUUCAAGAGAACUUAGGAGAUGUCACCCUUACCGAGUGCAACAGAUAUAACACGCCUAAACUAGCGCUAGUCUCAUGCGUGGUGAACGCGGGGUCGCGCCUGUCCCCGUUCCUGUUCCGCUCGUACGCGGUGCCGUUCCGCGUGCGCUCCGUGUUCCCCGGCACGCAGCGGGCGAGGGUGUGGCAGGCGGUGCGCGCAUCCGCUGCAGCCCCUACCUACUUCAACGAGUUCCGAUUGGACGAUCUAUUGCAUCAGGACGGCGGCAUAAUGGUCAACAAUCCAACCGGAGUAGGCCUCCACGAAGCCAAGCUACUAUUCGGAGCAGACGCCCUCAGACACGGCUGUGUCAUCUCACUGGGCACUGGGAAGGCGUUGAACAAGCAUCUAGAUUAUCAGCUGUUGAGUAAGGGGAUGAUGACUAAAGAGUCAGCCGGGACCAGUUGGAAAGACAAGUUCAAUAAAAUAUUGGACUCGGCUACGGAUACUGAGAGUACCCACCAAGUACUAAACGACUUGCUAGCCCCAGGGACCUACUACCGCUUCAACCCACCCCUAAUGGAAGAAUGCGCUAUGGACGAAAUUAACCCGGACAAAUUAAGAAACCUCGUGCUAGACACUCAAGCCUAUAUAAGACGGAACCAACACAAGUUUGAGCAAGCAGCCAUGAUGUUAUCCCGAAAACGGUCGGUUGCUCAAAAGGUCUUGGACUAUGUCAGUCUUCAGAGCCAAAUUAUGGGUGUGGUUCAAACGAAAUGACGGUUAAGAAAUCAGCAGGGGCCCGAACUUGCUGAUUGAAAUUGAGGACUAUGGCUGUUGUUUUAAGGUGGAUUUUACGUUGUCGUUGUUAUUUUGGUGGCUUAAAAAUGCUUAGUUCAGAAAAGGAUGAAAUCUUCGUAGUAAUUAUUUGGGCUUAGUGGAUUUAAGCCCUUAGAUAUUAUUACAUUUGGCAAUAUUAUUCGUAGCGAUGCUUGUAGUAGUGUAGUUUUAUGUAUACUAGGUACAUAUUUUAAUGUGUAGCCUAAAACGCAUUUAGUGUGUGAAAUAAUCACGUUAAAAUAUAUGUUUAGUGACUCUGUUAUUCGUAAAAUGAAAAGUCAAGUAAGAUUGACUCUUCACAUUUUAUAAAUAGGUUAUGUUUAAAGAACACUGAAGAUUUGCAUUUUUAUACAUUCACACAUUACCUGCAGCAGUUUAAGAUUCAUUUUAAAAUAUGUUUAAAUAAUAAAUGAAUAUAAUUAAAAAUCUUUAUAAAAAUAUAAAAAAUAGCGAAUGAAUAUAAUUUAUGUAAGUGUAGGUAGUUUAAAAAAAAAUGUCAUGAAAAUUUUAAAGUAAUUUCAAUGUUGCUUAAAUAGGCAUAGUCUUGCUAGCAAAAAUUUAAAAGUUAGCUAAUCUAGUCAAUUUUGUUAUUUCUCAUACAAGGGGUUUGUACUUUCACUAUCUCAUGUCAUUUUUGGAACAGCCGUAUUGUGUGUACUUGGCUGACUCUGAGAAGGAAAGAAAAACAUUCGCCUAAUACUACAAUAUACUCAGAAGUGUAUAAACUGUUACCUUGGAUUUACAUUAUAUUUAGUUAGAGAAGUAAUUAUGUAUGUAGCAAUAAGACAUUAUAAAUAUUUAAGUUUACAAUUUAUGUAUAACUGCCUGGGCCAAUCGGUCACUAUGCUAGUUACUUACAUUUAUAUACUAUGCUCACGACUGUAAUCCCCGAAGGGGUAGUCAGAGGUGACUAGUAAAUGAGUCACCCACUUUUUUGCUCUACAUUAGUACUCACGUGAUAUUAGGCCAA